GGUAUUUUUUGUCACAUUUAGAUUAUUUUAUGACUUAUUUAUUGUAAAAACUCUGUGUUUAAAACAACUGUGUAUUUAAAGUUUGGUUCAUAGUGUCUAAUAAUUCAUAAACAAAAUGACUGUUUAUAGUAUUGAGCAGAAAUCCGGAGACGAACUAUCAAAAGAUGCCAAUAAACUCCUAAAUAUAACAUCGGAAGAUAUAGAUGUUAUAUUAAAAACAAACUGUAUCUCCAAAACUGAUUUAAAAUAUAUGGUUUGUAAUAUCAAAGAUUGGUACCAGAAACAGCCACAUUUACCACAAGGAGCUUUAAACGAUGAAAUAAUUAUCAGACGUCUCGUAACUCAGAGCUUUAGCGUCGAAAAAGUGAAAAAGAAGGUAGAUAACUACUACACUAUACGCCGUAAAGUGCCCGAAGUACUGUGCAACAGGGAUCCUCUUAGCCCACCAGUCGAUAAAUGUUUAAAACAAGGAUACUGGGUUGUACUGCCCAAGAAAACCCCAGACAAUAAGAGAGUGAACAUUUACAGAUCUACACCUUCCUCGGAUAUCAUUGUCAUGGAUAUUAUCAAAGUUGCCUUCAUGAUAGGCGACUUUAGGCUUCACUGCGACGACAUGGGAGGUGAUCAUUGGAUCUUCGACUUUAAGCAUAACACCUUACAACAAGCCUCGCAAUUCAACCCUUUGUUGAUUAUGAAGAUUAUGUUUUAUUUAAAUUACUGCUUUGGUCCAAAAGUUGUAGGCAUGCAUCUAGUCAACUUACCGCCAUUUGCAGCAACUAUCUUGGCAAUAUUCAAGAAACAUAUGACAGCUAAAAUGGUACAGCGGUUACAUACUUAUGAAAAAUUUGACGAACUGUACGAUGUGAUUCCUAAAAAUAUAUUUCCAAAGGAAUAUGGCGGCGAUGAAAAAUCUUGUCAGGAAAUAUCAGAUGAAUGGAUGAAGACUUUCCAAUCAUCACCAUGGAGGGAGUAUUUCAUUGCACAAGACAAUGUGUGUACUGAUGAAUCCAAACGACUGGGCCCUACCAAAACUGACGAAUUGUUUGGUGUAGCUGGUUCGUUUAGGAAACUGGAUAUUGAUUAAGAAGAAAAGAUAUAGAUACUUCAUAGUUCAUGUAAUGUCGUACUUAAAUUGAAUAGAGAUAGAACAAAGAACAUUAACAAUAAUUUAGAUUUUGAUUUAACAAGUAAUUAGAGUAAAUUAAAUAACACUGUACAUGAUACUAUUUAAUGACGUUUUCAGUCGUAUAUUAUAUACUCAUGUCCUAUUUAUUAUU